AUGGAUGGACGUCAGCAGUAUAUCCCGGGGCCCCCGCCUCCCUCUCAAACACAACACAUCAACCUACCUCCGCCCCCGCCUCGACACCCACAAGCCCAAACGAUGGUGCCACCUCCUCCUCCUGGCCCGCCUCCAGGGGCGACCUAUGGAACACAGACGGGGUGGCAGCAAAACUGGGGCAGACCGGCGUUGAAUCCAGGCUUCCCACCGCCGCCACCUCUUGCUCCCGCACCAAACCAGCAUCUCACAUACGGUCGCCCACCAGCUCAGUUGUCGAUAAUUCCUCCGCGUCAGGACCAUCAGCCUAUGACAUCCGCAACUUAUAUACCCGGGAACGAUACCAUUGGCGUCGGCAUUCCAGGAUUGUUCGACCCCCAUGGAAGAGCUGCUCCAUAUGAUCCAUAUGCGCACAACAAUGCCGAGAGACAGCGGUUGGGUCUCAGCCAAAUGCACGAUCAUAUCAAUCCUUCAAUUCCAUAUAAAACAGACCCAAGCCUCCCGCAGACCCCGAGUGGUCUCACUGUUUCUUCGCCCUACGCUCUUCAUGGAAACAUUCAUGAAUUAACCAACGACAGUCCGCAGCAGCCGGCGACAGCUCAAAUUACCGAGCUCGCCAAAACUACAAGUUUUCGUCACAAUGCUAGCGGGCCUUCUCUGGGAGGUUUAUCUCACAGUGAAGCUGCGAUCCAGUGGCCAUUGGAUCGCGUGCUUCUGUGGCUUGCGAAGAAUGGAUUUUCCAACGAUUGGCAGGAAACCUUUAAAGCACUGGAGCUCGAAGGGGCUGAUUUCCUCGAGCUUGGACAUGGAUCUGGCGGGCGCGGAAAUCUUGGAAAAAUGCAUCAGGUGGUCUAUCCUCAAUUGGCAAAGGAGGUUGGUCGGAGUGGCAAAAAAUGGGAGCCUGGCCGAGAACGGGAUGAAGGAAAGCGUAUGCGCAAACUGAUCCGUCAAAUCCAUGAUGGUUCGCAAGAUUUCACCGUCUCCACACCGCUGAAUCAGACGCAGCCGCUGGCGACUGCGUUCCCCGAGACCAGUACGGCUUUUUUUUCUAAUAAUUUUCCCGAGCCACGCUCUGCUGGCCCUGUCCCUGGUGUAAAUGAUGUGAGCUCGGAUCAUCUGAGUGCAUUGUAUGCCUCUAAUCACGGUCAAAAGCAGCCUGGGCAACGUUCGGUUACCAUGCCGGUCCCUGCUAGCCACGAUUCGCCAAGAUACAAUGAGUCUCCAGCACGAGAAAGCUGGGUCCGAUCUGACUAUUUGCGGUCUGAGUACACCCGCAAUGCCUUGUCGGGAAUGAACAGCGACAGUCGACGCCAGAGUCAGUCCGUUGCCAGCGAAUCGGGCACUUUUCAGGGGUCAUCUCUUCGGCCCCAUGAAGAAAGUCCAAAUGGUGGUAGCCCAGCCAUACAGAAUGUGUUGCCCGCUUACACGGCUGCAUUUUCAUCAUCCACUGGGGAUUUGACAUUGGGACUGCAUGAUCACACUCGGGGCGAUAGCACCGAGUCGAUCCCCGGAUCCAGUCGGGGUACCACGGGCCGGUACUAUGAUUCACGUAGACAAGGCCAAGAAAAUGAUCCUCGGAAGCAAGGCCUAGAGGGUGCUCGUCCCUUGCCUCAAGAUGCAUCUGGUCGGCAAUGGGGUGACCAAGUCUCUUCUUCGUGCCCCAAAGAACACAAAGGCUUUUUCUCUAAUAUUCUGAAGAAGAAGACAAAAGCCACGGCUUCCAGCCACCCAUCUCCUGAUCAGCAGCAUGAAGACUCCUCGCCUACAACAAGCCCGGAGACUCGCCCGAAUGAAGCCUACCUCCCUUACAUAAAACCUGCCUACAACUCUAGCGACAUGUCAGUCGGUGAGCGUCCAUCCACAGCAACCACAAAGACGAAAAAAUGGGUAUUUGUUACCAUGGAUGGCUUUAAUUUCCGCCUGGUCGACAUUUCCGAUCUAGAAUCUUUCGAGUCGUUGCGUAACGGAAUCUGUGAAAGCCUCGCGGUCGACCCAACCAAUGCCCUGAUUUACCUCACUCAGCCCGGACAGAGAGAACACGAGGAUCCUAUGAGUGAUGCAACCCUCGCACAGUCGCGUCGAAGCAAGUCAGAUGCAUACGGUUCUCUCAAGCUGUUUGUACGAGGGACUCCUAUGCUUCAUAUGCCAUCCAAUACUCCUCGAGUCGAUGGCCUGGGAGUUUCAUUCACAGACAAGUCCAAUAUGUCCCCCACGGCCACACAUCACCAGGUCCACAGGAAACCCCUGGACGAAGACGCCCUUAACAGGUUAUCACCGCAUCGCACCAGACCCGACUCUCCAUUGUUGGGCUCUCGGCAAAGUACUCUCAAGGCUUCGACAGGGAGGGCAUCCCCGGCAGAGCCUGUACAGGAUACAAGCCAAGCUCUUGGGUCUGACAAAUCUGAUUUGCUCGCUCGCCAUGAGGAACAUCCCCGUGAAGUCGAACGUAAACAAAAACAUUAUUUACAAUCCAAAAUUCCACAGCCUCAUCAGACUAAGAAUGCCUACAGCGACACCGGGUAUAGGCGAAACGAAAUCAUUGACUUUGAUAGUCCUCGUAUCUCGCCUUAUGAUGAGAAGAAGGGAGAUUCGCUUGUACCGCUUCGCAAACCUCCAACAGCGCCAAUCGAGUCGAAUACUCUUACCAAGGUCAACUCUCUGAGCAGGAGACCUACCACUCGUGAGAGUCGUGAAACUCGGUUGCAGCCCUCUUUGGGUUUGGGCGCUGCAAUUGCCAGCGUCGGCCGCAUUACAAGUGCCGUUGGCACGCCACUGCCUUCGGUGCCGGCUGCAUCUCCACCUUCAGUCAACAUCCAGGAUAGUGCAAGCUCCGAGUCUGAUCGACCAAGAUCAUUUGAUUCUACUGGAACAUUUUCAAGCAGAACAACCCUUGGUCAGUAUAUGCAUGACACAGCGCGGCCCGAUCGAUCUCCCGCUGACUUUCUUUCAGACUCUUCGAGGCCCGCUUCGGAGAUGGCCACUGAAUGCGAGAAACCGCCAGUCUCAUUUGCCAAUCUGUCACCUGGGAAAUUUGAUUCCGAAGAGCCACCGAGACCUGGCUUGCAAUCUCGCAAGUCGUUUGGUCCAGAGUUCGACUUCGAAGAGAACCAAGUAUCAUUCCAGCGAACUCCUCAACAGCAACAGGACUCCGAUGAUGACACCGACGAUGACUCCGACGAUGGCCUAUUCCAAGUCCGACCUUCAAGGAUCCAGGAAGAACAGAGAGAAGCGCAAACUGAGGCCGAAAGGAAGUCUGAGAGGCCUUCAUUGACUGUGAACACAAAAGAUCAAUUAAGGUCAAAACUGUCUGUCAGAUUCAAAUCUCCGAGUACUGCUGGCCCCAGUUCCAGCGGAGAAGCAUCUGAUGGGAAAGAACCGGUCACUAGUACCUGGGGACCAGUCUCGCCUGAAGAUGAGAGGCCUACACCACGGCGAGAGUCAUUUGCCCGAGACAUCUGGGCAAGCAGACCUGCCGUCGAAGGCGUUAUCGACAACCUCGAUGACUUCUUCCCUGACGUUGAUCUUGACGCUCCUUACUUGGAUGAGCCCUCAUCGCCCAGUACCAAGGCUAUCAGCGAACAUGACCCCAAAAAGGAGGCCCUGCCACCUUUGCUGCAUGCAACCCAUGCUCUUGAUGCAGCUCCGGUGAGACCUGCUGAACCUAUCAAUUUUGCUCGACAGAAACUUGCCCGUGGUGGCGGCAGUGGCGGCGGACUCUCUCGCAUGAAAUCCAUCCGACAGGUUGCUCAGGGAGCGAACCGGACGAACAGUGUCAGCACUGCUGGUCCCCAAAGGUCGGGUGAUCUUCUACGCCGAAAGAGUACCAAGAUGUUCGGCGCCAAAAUUAUGCAAAUCAAGCCCAGGCCAGGCACCCGGCUUAGCCAACUCGAUCCGAUCCCGCAAAACAGCACCCAGGUGGCGUCCAAUACCGGACCUGUUCCUCAGCGACAGCCCACUUUCCGCAUAAUCCGUGGUCAACUCAUCGGUAAGGGUACUUACGGUCGCGUAUACUUGGGCAUGAACGCGGACAAUGGUGAAGUUUUGGCAGUCAAACUAGUCGAGAUCAACCCGCGAAUUGCAGGGGCAGACAAAGACCGCAUCAAGGAGAUGGUCGCCGCCCUGGACCAGGAGAUCGACACGAUGCAGCACCUCGAACACCCCAACAUCGUGCAGUAUCUUGGAUGCGAGCGUGGCGAAUUCUCUAUCUCUAUCUACUUGGAGUAUAUUUCCGGUGGAUCUGUCGGGAGUUGUCUGCGCAAGCAUGGUAAAUUUGAAGAAAGUGUCGUGAGGUCACUGACACGGCAGACCCUAGACGGACUGGCAUACCUGCACGACAAGGGAAUCCUCCACCGCGACAUGAAAGCAGACAACAUCCUCCUAGAUCUUGAUGGUACAUGCAAGAUCUCCGACUUUGGUAUCUCCAAAAAAACAGACGACAUCUAUGGCAACGACUCAUCCAACUCCAUGCAAGGCUCCGUCUUCUGGAUGGCCCCGGAGGUCAUCCAGUCCCAAGGCCAGGGCUACAGCGCCAAGGUCGAUAUCUGGUCCCUUGGCUGUGUGGUGCUGGAGAUGUUCGCAGGCCGUCGACCAUGGAGCAAGGAGGAGGCCAUCGGCGCUAUCUUCAAACUCGGCAGUCUGAGCCAGGCUCCACCGAUUCCGGAUGAUGUUUCUAUGAACAUUAGUCCUGCGGCUCUUGCAUUCAUGUAUGAUUGCUUCACAAUUGACUCGGCUGAACGCCCUACUGCCGGAACCCUGCUCACCCGUCAUCCCUUCUGCGAGUCCGAUGCGAACUACAACUUCCUAGAUACGGAACUGUACGCCAAGAUCCGCGACGUGCUUUGA